UCAGAGUGGAUCACAGCUAAAACUCUUUGAGCCCGUGAGCUGCACCUACACCUACCUGCUCGCGGACCUGAAGACCAAGGAGGCGGUUCUGAUCGACCCGGUUCUGGAGACGGCCAAGCGGGACGCGGAGCUGGUGAGGGAGCUGGGCCUCAACUUACUGUAUGCAGCCAACACCCACUGCCACGCCGACCACAUCACGGGCACCGGGCUGCUGAAGAAGAUGCUGCCCGGCUGCCGCAGCGUGAUCUCCCGGGACAGUGGGGCCUUGGCCGACAUCCUCAUCCACGAGGGCCACGCCCUGGAAUUCGGGGCCUUCGCCCUGGAAGCCCGCUCCACCCCCGGACACACGGACGGCUGCCUGACCUACGUGCUCAGUGACAGGACCAUGGCCUUCACCGGGGACGCCCUGCUGAUCCGGGGCUGCGGCUGCACCGACUUCCAGCAGGGCUCCCCGGAGACCCUGUACCGCUCCGUGCACGAGAAAAUCUUCACGCUCCCUGGAGACUGUCUGAUCUACCCCGCCCACGACUACACGGGCCAGACGGUGUCGACAGUGGAGGAAGAGAGGACCCUGAACCCCCGACUGACCCUGAGCUGUGAGGCCUUUGUCCAGCUGAUGAACAACUUGAACCUGCCUCAACCCAAGAAAAUUGAUAUCGCUGUCCCGGCAAACCUGAAGUGCGGGAUCCAGGAUGUGGAAACUUAGCCCCACCCUCUUUACUUCAAGGCCACACCCCUCACAACAAGCCCCUCCCACCUCCACAUAGGCCAUGGCCUCUCAUUGACCCUUACUAGGAUGGAAGGUCCUUUGGCCUGGGGGCUGGGGGGGCGGGGCUGUCCCUGACUCUCACUCCAGUCCCCACCUUUAAGGGAAAGCUGGGACCUUGGUGGGACUGUGCAUCCAUUAAUGGGAGCGGUUAAUGAUCAUCGACCGUUGCAGGUUCCCUUCCCCCCCCGCCAGUCCCCCCAUUCCUCUGACACCCCCAGUCUGGCAUUAGGGAGUCUGCACCUUCCUCUGCAUUGGCUGUCAUAUGGGGGUGUCCUGCUGGCCUCCCCUGGGAAGCAAAGACACCCCCCUCUUCUCUGAGCUUGGAGUGCGGAUAGCAGGGGACCCCAGCCUGCGCUGAGGUCCGAGAGAGACCCUCAACCCCCCAUGCCCUGUGUCUGAAUAGUGGGGUGCCCUGCGGGAACCCCACUUGGUUCGGUUAGGUCCCUCCCUCACCCUGCAGCUGAAUGGGGGGGAACCCCCACUCCCAGGGGCUCUGGGUUAGUGCUGUUUGCACUAGCUGGACUUUCCCCAUCUCUGCCCCCUGGGUCUCCGGCGAGCCUGGCUCUGGACUCCCCGCUCCGUCGGGGGCCAGGGGAGGGGAAGGGGGGCCUGUCGGGGAGCGGGGCUGAACCUCAGCGGGGUUUGGAAACGAGCAGCUGCUG